GAUAUUCAUUGCAUGACAAACAUUUGGAGGGACGGAAGUUUUUCUGCCUUUUAGCAGUAGAAAUGGUUUUAAGACAAGUGCGUUGGUGGGUGUGUCGGCGGAGGGGCUCUGCCAUAUGGGCCCUGAUGAUGGUCAUCGGGACAUUGAUGCUCAUUUACCUAACCCAAAACCGCUUCACUUUUUCAGAGCUGACCCCUACGCCAGAAGAAAAGAUUUAUCAAGAGUCCACAUCAAGUGGAAAGAAAAGUAGUAUCCUGAAGGACACAAAGGAUCUGCCAGUGGAGGAUGGGUUUUCACGAGCUGAGUAUCUACGGAGCGCGUGUAAGAACAACAUACAUAGAUCGGGGAAAAGAAAGGUCCGAGUAAGUUUCGACCCGCAUGUUAACGCCGUGUACUGUCCGCUGUGUAAGAUCGCUUCCACCUUCUUGACAAGAAUGUUCCGAAUGAUAGCGCUUAAUAACAGGGGUUUACCAAACGGGACAGUGUACACCCCUUUUGACGUUCCUAUCUCAGAUGCACCUCCUUCCACAGAUAAUUUGGACCUUAACAAGUGGACUGUCGGCAACAAAGAUGCAAGUAACAGUUUUCGGUUUAUGUUUGUAAGGAGCCCAUUUGAUAUGCUCUUUUCAGCUUAUGUUGAUAAAUUUGUUGGACCUAAUCCGUAUUUCAAUCGGUUUUCACGAGAUAAGAAUAACCAAUGUGGAUAUGCGAAUUUUUCAUUUCGACAACUGCUGGAAUAUGUGAUUAUCACGGAUAAGAAGAAACAAACUCUCGACUGCCAUGUUGCCAAGUGGGAUGCGUGUUUACCAUGUGAAGUAAACUAUACAUAUAUAGGCAAAAUGGAAACGUUCAAAGACGAUAUCACAAGUAUAUUGUCAGCUCUUCGGCAGUUCAAGAGUCUGGAUGCAAUGGAAGCUAAGUCCUCUAACCUUCAUGCUGAUGACGCUAUACAGGAUUCGGUCUCUGGACCUUAUGAAUGGCGGAAGGACAUUGUAAAGUGCAUGUCAUGGCCAGAUGCUCUGCGUAGAAUCUGGCGAAAGUUGCAGAUCCGAGGAGUAAUAGGGACCAAGGGCUUUUCGCUCUCCGAGUUUGAGGCAGAGUCUAUUAAUAAGACUGAUUACAUCAACGUUCUUAAGAAAGUUAGGGAGAAAAGCACAGCAAACGAAAGACAUAUGAUGAAGCAGUUAUCUUACAUUGAAGCAUACAGGAAUAUUCCUGAGGAAUUAUUAGACACAAUAUUCAAGAACGUUUGUGAGGAAACAGUUAGAGCGAAUCAGCAGCCAAUUGUUUAA